AUGGUGGACGCAUGGAAGGUGACUUGCUCUGCACCUACCGCACUCUCCCCCUUCCCUCCCCCACCUGGGUCAGGUUCCACGACGGAUCGGAGGCAAGAUCGGUCGCAGGUGGCCGGCGCGGCGUGAACCUGCACCUAGGCGCACCACAACGCGUGCUGGACCCUGAUCUGGCCUCCCUGUUGGUCCAGUGCAUCCACCGCAUGGCCCAUUGUAGGUACGCACCGAAACAGACACGGAUAGCAGCACACACAGCGCAGUUGAAUUAGCAAUCGGCGGGACGUUCACCGGGUCGUUGGUAGUAAAAGCGGCAAGCAGGGGAAUCAACGUGUGAGUACUUUUUGCACGAAGUUUGCUGCGAAGUUUUGGGGCGCACCGUGCAGUGGACAACGCCUCCGGUCACAUGGGGGGGUCUGUAGUGCUGGUAGACAUUAUGUGAGCAUAACUCAAAUUUUGAGACACGCUGGGCACAGAUGAAUUCAAAAUUAGUGGUGGUGGCUUCCAUAGCAAAUUUUCAGACAGUUUCUUCUUUACAUGAAAUAAUUGCCCUUUCGCUGUGGAUUAAGUCACUGAUACAGAAGAUGGAUCUUUAAAACUUUGUUUGAUGAGCAACCAGUUUGUUUACCUGAUCGAUCUCCUCAACUCCGCGAAUCGCCUGGUUUUAAUGGUUGUUCUCGCGUUCUGUUGACAGGCAGAAAUACACAUAGCCGAGUAAAAACUGUCCUCCGCUUUCAGCCACGGAUUUAGUUGAAAAAUCUCCCCUUUUGCUGUUGCUGUGUUUGCUAUCUCGAGCACUGAACGAAUUCCCUUUUCCCUUUUAAAGAGUUCUCGCCUAAACUGGUUGGUCUCACUGGCUCUCGUGAACAGAUCAACAUUGUGGCGAAACGCUACCGCAUAUAUCACAGUGAAGGUCCCAAGGAUUCCGACGGAGACUAUAUAGUGAGUUUAAAUUGCGUUACCUCCUUUAGUCUCCCUUUUUAGUCCAUGAUUUUCAAACUCAGUCCAUUGGUCUGCUGGCAAGUCCACUUUUGUCCAUCCGAUUUUGGUAAAACGUUGAAAGUGCAGAGAUACUGGAGUGAUCAAUUUCUACCUUUUGGUCGUCACAUCUAGAAGACCCAGACUGUUAACCCAAACCAGUUGUCGCUAGCCGAACUGAGGGAAUGAGCUGCAGGUUCUUGCUCUGUUAGCCGCGAUUGGGUCUAUUUUUAUCACGUAAGGUGUGUUGUUUACUCAUCCUGACUGGUUACGAACUGCCGCACACGUCUGUUCAGUUCGCUGUUUCUAUACAAAGUCACCCCGUCGGGUCUCGCGGCAGUGUGGAUUGAAGUCAGACGGCGAAGGUAACCGCCAGCGAAUGACCUGUGGCAAUUGAUCUUCUAACUCCAGCUAAUUCGAUGCACUUCUGGCUGCUAAGCAGCCCUCAUCGUGAAAUCUAUUCGUUCUCACACGCCGUAGGGACCCGAAAUGGGCAAGAGCGGUCCAGCGGCUUGAGAUGCCGCUGUUUUUUUUUUCAGGAAAGGACACAACUGAUGUAGGCGUGAAUAUUCUUACUAGACUUGUCAUAGAUCGCUCAGGGCCUCCGAGUUGGGCCCAGCCAACGAAACCUUGGAGUAGUUUUUACCGGCCACAUGUCUAUUCUAGAGCGGCGCCCUCCACAAGACGAUUGCUUCCAUGAUUUUACAAGUAGAGGCGAAUAUGCCAGUCUUAAGUUCCUGUUGCAAAAGACCCUUUAGACUUGACCGGGAUGUUGUGAGCUUGCCGUAAACCUCGAUGGAAUCCCCAAAUCAGAGCUCAACAGCGAGAGCGGAAGAAAAGAAGCGUAUUGAUGCAUCCUAACAGUGUCUAGAAGGCACUAACGGGGACGCCUGGUAAUGCCCAAUGUCGGAUUGAAAUUGGACCAAUCAGGUGCUGUCCUUGAGUGGUUAGCAUGCCGGCCGGACUUCUUACUUACUUUACUGGCCCUGUCUAGAGCCCGGGGCGAUAUCAGCACGCGGUGGGCGUGGGGGCGGGAUCGUUAGGGCGGCAUGUGAGCCAGUCGGUUAGGGCCGCUGACCGAAAAAUUGUCUCAGCGUACGUCCAGCACAGAUGACAGAUGCGCGCCACAAAAUGGGCUGCGGUGUUGCGGCAGGCCGAAAUAGGGUCGCACAAGCUCGAAUGAGAAGAAGGCCUUAAGCCACUUCAGCCAGGCUUCAAUCCCGUCCGCCUGACCCGAACCAGCCACCAGCACAUGUUGGGAGAGUGAGGGCGGUUCAACGCGUACUUUUCUCAUCGCAAAAAAUCUGCCUAGAUUUCAAACCACCAUAACGCGUCAACGAUCAACUAGUGGGAUUACUCGGUCUGCGUCUAAACUAAUGGUCUGGCUGCAAUGACGCGUUCCUUUUAUGACCUUUGUUGUGACUCCUUGAUGAGUGAUUAGGGACUGUCUUUGACCUUGGGCUGUUGUGCGUGCCUCUGUGGUACUCUCACCUAAUCGGAUCCGAACCGCCUCUCCCCUCAUGUGUAAUGUCCCGGUCAGUGUUCGUUGUGGACUAGGGCGUGUGGUGGUACGCCUAGGUGCGGGUUUACACCGUGCCAGCUACCUGCGUCCUCUCCCGUCUCCGGUCUUCUUGACACCGGGUCCAAAUGGGAAGGAGGAGAUAGUGCAGUAGGUGCUUCGCAAGUCUACUCUCACUAUAAACUAAAUCACGCACAAGUCACCGUCCCUGCUCUCACCCUGUUGUGGAGCACACGGUGGAUAUAAACGGCAGCGACGGUCAAACUGUCGUGCGUGACACUACGUCCACACCCAUCCCCGGUUGUUAUGACUUCCCCAUGCCAUCGAAAUAUACCGCAUAGUGCGCGAUUGAGGUGGAUUUUACGAGAGUGUUAAUGCAUCCAGAGCAGUGGUUUUCUCCGUCGCCAGUUUCCCCCUUGGCAAAUGAGGCACUAUGAUUCUCCUGCAGCGGCGUUCACGCGAUUCUGUGUGCUUUCUAACCGACCACUUGCAUGUUAGCUGACACAGUGUCAUGCCACGCCUGAUCAGGUUUCCUGUACUCAAGAAAUGUACCAUGCAAACAGAGCAGGCGUAGAUGACAGUUUGCAGUUUCCGUCACAUGGAACUUCCACCUGCCUGCACUGAUUUAUGCACCGGCUGGCUUGAAGACGAUCACCUUUUUACCUCCUUCCCCUCCGUCUCACCUCCUGCCUAGGUGGACCACACGGUCGUCAUGUACCUGAUAAAUCCCAGGGGCGAGUUUGUAGAGUACUAUGGUCAGGUGAAACCCGUUCAGGAGAUCGUCCGCAGCAUCAUGAAUAGGAUGAAGGCCUACUCUUAA